AUGGCGGAGUUUAUAGAUAGCAGGGAUACUUCUGGGAGGAAAGAACGAUUUAGAUUGAAUAUUUUUUAUCUAAAAAACGAGGAGUCGGUGCAUACAUUUAUUAAGAAGUUACCAAGGACAAUCAAGGUCAUUCAAGAAAAGAAAAAGAUAAAUGAUAUGCGGAAAUUUGCUGACAACAGCAUCACCUUGUCGAUGGUAAUUGAAUCAACCCUAGGUGAGGCACUAGUGUGCAACCUAUGCGAAUUUUGGGAGAGGAUUAGAACACUCGAGGAUGAUAUGUCGUGGAUACAGAUCAUUCCAAAUAAAAGGCUGACCUACAUGCCUCAACAUCCAGACAGACAAAUUGAAGGAUACAUUGAAUUUGUUGGUGGAAGCAUGAUUUCGCCAUCUAGUUUUGUGAAGCACUGGGAAACAAUAGUGACUGCAGAAUUUCAACAAGAUAAAUCUCAGUUGCUUGUUAAAGAUGCAGCAAUGAAAUUUGAAAUCAAAAUUUCUUCUGAUUUCUUGCACGAUUAUGUUAUAAUAGAUUUACAAAAUAAUGACACAUUCCUUUACUUUAAUGUAAAAUAUAGUCCAAAAUUAUACGCAGCUGAGGAGCCGUACUUAAAUGAUAUAGCACAAACAAGACUAUCAGCCAGUGACCUUCCAUUUCAAAAGUUUGGCUGCUUGGGCUGCUUUUGUCUGAAACUGAAAAAAGACAGCCCUUUGGUAUCCAGGAUAAUUUGGUACAUACAGUAUAUAGGUCUCUUUGUUGCAUAUGCUAAUGUGAAAGUCAAUUUUCCAAAGCAAGAGGCAGUGGCCCCUUUUACAGAAUAUAACACGGUUUAUGCAUGGACAUCACUGCGUUCACAGGGAUUUAAAGUUACUGAUCAUAUAACAGCAACUCUUGUAGAGAAAAUAUUCAGAAUCAAAGACCCUGCACAAGUAUUUUCCAAUAUGGUUGACCUUGUUGCAGAAAAACCAUUCUUUCAUUUCAUGAGUGAAUUGGAUGAGGCAAUUGAAAUGGCCAAAUAUACUAGUUAUGAAAAUAAAAAUAACACAUCUAGUAAUUUAACAAUUGUUAGACGAGCACUUCUAACUCCUACGAAAUGUGUUUUCCUUCCAAAAGAAUUAGUGAGUCAGAAUAGAAUUUUACGCCAAUAUGAUGAGGAUUAUUUUAUACGUCUUGUUUAUCGAGAUGAGGAUUACCAAAAACUCACUAAGGUGCCAUCUGUUACACUGCACAACGUAUUGGAGGACAUGAAGCAAAUUUUUUUGAAAGGAUUUAAAAUUCAUGACCGCAAAUACGAAUUUUUGGGAUGUUCCAACAGUCAACUUCGAGAACACAGCUUUUGGUUCUUCAGCUCUUAUAAUGGAAUUACGGCAGAAAGUAUCAGACAAAGUGCUGGAGAUCUAUCUAAGGAAAGAUGUGUUGCCUCGUAUGUGUCACGUUUUGGACUGUGUUUUUCUGCGUCUCGUCAUACGAUGGAUGUCGGGAUGAAUCAAGAAGUACAAUAUGAAACCGAUAUAGAAAGAAACGGUUAUUGCUUCACAGACGGCAUUGGGAAGAUAUCACAAAGCCUUGCUUCAAAGGUUGCAGAGGCAAUGAAUCUGCCAUACGUACCUUCUGCUUUCCAAAUUCGCUUUGGUGGUUGUAAAGGCGUUGUUGCACAAGAUCCGUCUCUUGGAGAGAAGGACGUACUCGUCCUACGUGAAAGUAUGAGAAAAUUCCAAUCUAAUUCCACAGGUCUAGAGGUGUUAGAAGUUACUCGUCCAGGGCGACUUCAUCUGAACCGUCAAAUUAUAACGUUGCUAUCAGGACUAGGAAUUCCUGAUGAAAUAUUCCUCGAUCUUCAAGAAAAAAUGUUGGUUGACUUGUCGGAUAUGCUACUAUACGAUAUGAAAGCCCUGCAAAGAAUACAACAGGUAGCGUUAGACAUUAAUUUUCAGGAACUGUCUAACAAAGGAGUAAGCUUUGUUCGGGAACCUUUCUUUAGGUCACUUCUUUUAGGCAUGUUCCAACAGAGAUUAUAUGAUAUGAAAAUGAGGUCAAGGAUUCAAAUACCUUUGGACAAAGGUCGAUAUAUGAUGGGUACAUCAGAUGAAACUCAAUCACUGCAGUAUGGACAAGUAUUUAUUCAGUACUCGAAAGAACUUAGUCGACCUCGAAAAGAUCUUCAGAUUGUUCUAGGUAAAGUUAUCAUUACGAAAAACCCUUGCUUCUAUCCUGGGGAUAUCCGGAUUUUCGAAGCCGUGAAAAAUCCUUAUCUUGGACAUAUGGUGGAUUGCGUUGUUUUUCCUCAGCUUGGACCCAGACCUCAUCCUGACGAAAUGUCUGGAUCAGAUCUUGAUGGUGACGAAUAUUUCGUAUGCUGGGACGAGCGACUUUACACUUUUGAAAAUGAAAAUCCAAUGGACUUCCCUAAAGCAGAAAAGACUAAAUUGGUAUCGGAUGUUCGAUUGAAGGAUAUCGUUGAUUUUUUAGCAAAUUACAUAAAGAACGACAACUUAGGAAUAAUAGCUAAUGCUCAUCUUGCUUUAGCAGAUAGUGAAGAGGAAGGUGUAUUUUCAUCUCAUUGUCUAGAAUUAGCCAAACUCCACUCCGAAGCUGUUGAUUUUCCAAAAACUGGAAAAUGUCCACGCAUUGGUAAAGAUAUCUGUCCCGAAAAAUAUCCAGAUUUUAUGAUGAAAAGUGAUAAAAUCCAGUAUAUCUCUUCCAAAAUUCUUGGAAAACUUUACCAUCAGUGCCAAUCAUUUCUUAAUAACAUUAAAAGACAGGAAACUUCUGAGUUUCUAAUUGAUGAUGAAUUAGAUUCACCUUUGACGAAUUUGACGGAUAAAGAGCGAGAAGAUGCAAAUUUUCAAAGAAAAAUAUACAAUGAAAAGUUACAAGUAAUAAUGAAUGUUUAUGGAUUGGAAAACGAAUUUGAAGCGAUCAGUGGUUUGAUAAAAAGACUGAAACGUAAAAGAGGUUGCUUAAAAAAUGAAGAAUUUCAAAUAGGGAAGAUAGUCCGAGAGAAAGUUUCAUCGUUAAUGCAAGGAACAAGAAAAACAUUUUUUGAAGAAUUUGAUGGAGAGAAAAGCAAAUUUUCCUGUGAAACAGAAAAGCUAAUUCUUAGAAAGGCUCGUGCAUGGUAUACAGUGACAUAUAAAAUGUCAAAUUCACCAUUCUUAAGUUUUCCUUGGGUCGUCGCAGAUGUUCUAAGUAAGGUGAAAAAUAGACAGGAACAACGCGACGCUUUUGAAAAAGUUAAUACAUCUCUUCAACAGCAUUGGAAACUUACGGAGGAAAAUAGAUUAAUUACUUCUUCUUGGAUAAAUUUUUUACGAAACAAAGUUGAAGAAAAAACAUUCCAACUGACCGAUUCAAAAUGGAUUGAUUUGUUUCAGAAUGGCAUUAUUAUUCCAAAGGAUUGCAAAGUUGUUUUGGGUUUCAAAAGUGAGGACUAUCAUAAAAUUGUUUCCACCAUGCGACACAUAGCCUCUGAGGUAAGAAAUGAUCAGUUUGAAGGCAAUCUUUGUUAUAUGAUCAACCUAGCACAUGGUAGGCCUGGAUUUGUAAGACUGACAGCUGAUGAAAUGAUUAUAAAAUUGAGCGGAUCCUUAACUUGCUUUCUAAAGCAGGAACAAAGUUUAAUAAAAUAUGUAGCCCAAUUUUUGUACGAGUAUUUUAGGGAACAAAUCUUAACAAAUGUUCCUAAUGAUGUCAUUGAGGACAUACUGCCCAUUAUACUUUUAAAGGAAUCGAUUUUAGACAGAAGUAUACCUAAUAUGUCUUCUGAGGCAAAUAUUUUAUUUAAUUGUUUGAGAAAUGUAAGAACUUACAUGCAAAGUAUUGUUGACCGUAAAGAUUUGCCCACAGCUUCUCUGAAAUGGCUCAUCAAAAAUAAAGAAGAAAUAGUUGUUAAAAGCCUGGUUGGAUUCAUGGAAAUUUCUCAAAGUUUAUCUGUACAAUUUCUUAAUGACGAAGAUACCGGUGGUUUUGAGUCCUCUGAAUCUUUCGUUUUCUCAGCCGAGUCAUUGAACAUUACAAAAUAUGCUUUUAUUUAUGUGCAAUUCAAAUUUCAACAAAUAACUGGAGCGGAUGUGUAUUUGCAUUACGAUGAUGUUGGGCAAACACGGGUUUUAAAAAUAGAGGCACAUGGGACAAAAGUCCAACUUCUGCGAUUAUCUAAGGUUCUCUGUGACUUUUUGGCAAAAUCUACAAGCAUUUCCACUGCCAAACGUGGGCAGACCACCGUACAAAAUACGUUUUCAGCAUCAUUCGAAGGUUGUACGAGUAAUGAUGAGCUGAUAAACUUUAACGUAUGGAGUGGACCCUGUCAUAGCCAACACCAUCAUGAAACUCGUUUUCUCCCUUACCUAGUUCAUGGACCCGAACUACCUGAAUGGAAUAAUUUUGAACAAACGUUUUCCAUUCAAUGGGAAAAAAUCAAGGAUGAGUAUAAUCCAAUAUUCCAUGGAGAUUUAUCUAUUGUCCUGUCGUUCGGAACCUUUUAUUUUAUGAACGUAGAUAAAUAUACAAUGGCAGUAUCUGAACUAAACGAACGUUUGCAAAAUUUUAAAGUAAGAAGAGGUAUUAUUCCCAAACCCUUUUCUUUUUCUUUUUUCCCAAUGAGUGACUACUCAAACAACCUAAUUAGUUUUCUUGAAAGACAUUUCAUUAAAGUCGAUACACAAAAAGAGUUGAAAGUCAGACUUUCAUAUGAGGGAAUGUGUGAUCUAGAUGAACAUAUGAAUUUUGUACAAUAUAAUGCUCCUCAAGUUAAGUGGUUAAUACAUCAUAUCAUUCUCAUGCGGAAAAGACAGUCACGGACAGGAAACCAACCCUGUGUUCGGUGCAAAAUACAAUCAUUUAGGACUUUAAAUAGAAGGGCUAUUGAAGCAAUGGAUGGCUACGAAUGGAUUUUUGAUACUGGAGCACACAUUGUGAAGAGCAAUGAUGGUUUUGUCGUUACUGAUCCAAACGUCAAAUUUAUAAGAGAAAAAGAAACAGACAUUUAUACGAACAUAAACUUGAACGUUCACGAAGGAGUAUGGCGGUCAAUACGUGUGGAGGUGUCUAAAGUCAAUGAAUAUGAUGUAAAAUACCGUCAGUGUACAAAAAUGUCCGAAAAAACGGAGGUGGUCAUUAUUCCGGGCAUUCUUGAUCUAAAUUCCUCGGACGAAGAAGUAAAAAAGUAUUCGAAACAAUUGUGGGAUAUUGCACUUCAUUUUGGGAAACAACUUGACGAUUAGAAAAU